UCAACAGUUGCUCUCCUGUCUUCCUCCCCAACUCCGUCGAUCCGCCUCCUCCUCCCUCUCCAGUCCCGUUGCACUUCCUCGGUCCCCUCCUUCACUCCCCCCACCCCCACCAAUGGCGUCUCCUCGCCGCCGCUCCCUCCCACUCCGCUUCCUCAUCUUCAUCCCUGCCCCCCUCUUCCUAGUCCUCCUCUUCCACCGCUCCUCUCAUUCUACCGCCCCGCUUCUCCACACCGCAGGCUCUGGCUCCGGCCCCAGCUCUGAUCCCCGCCGCUUCUCCCUCCUCAUCAAGCUCCUCGCCUACGACCGGCCGGCCGCGUUUCGCCGCUGCCUCCGCUCUCUCGCCGCAGCUGACUACGAUGGGGACCGCGUCGCGCUCCACGUCCUCCUCGACCACCGCCCGCCCAACUCCUCGUUGCCCCCCCUCGCCACGUCGCACGAGAUCCUUGACUUCGUCGAUGCGUUCCCGUGGCCGCACGGAGAGAAGCGCGUGCACUACCGCGCCUCCAACGCGGGGCUCCAGGCGCAGUGGAUAGAGGCAUGGUGGCCUGGCUCCGACGACGAGUUCGCCUUCGUCGUCGAGGACGACCUCCAGGUCUCGCCGCUCUACUACAAGUUCCUGAAGCGGCUGGUCCUGAGGUACUACUACGACCGCGAGAACUACAGCCCCUACCUGUUCGGCGCGUCGCUCCAGCGCCCUCGGUUCGUCGCAGGUAAACAUGGAAACAAGAUACAGCUGGAUAGCGAGACUCGGCUUUUCUUGUAUCAGAUGGUAGGCACGUGGGGUCAACUUCUCUUUCCAAAACCAUGGAAAGAAUUUCGAUUAUGGUAUGAUGACCACAAAGCCAAAGGACUCAAACCUAUUCUCCAAGGCAUGAAAACUACAGGGUGGUAUAAGAAGAUGGGUGAGAGAAUAUGGACUCCUUGGUUCGUUAAAUUCGUCCACUCACGUGGAUACUUCAAUAUAUACACAAACUUCCUGAAGGAAAGGGCCCUGAGCGUCUCCCAUAGGGAUGCAGGUGUGAACUACGAGAAAAGUGUUGGGCCAGAUUCUACUUUGUUGGAUGGGAAGAAUCUUGAUUUCAAUUUAUGGGAACUGCAGCCUUUAAAGAAGCUAAAGUGGUAUGAUUUCUGCUUCAAUGAAGCUCUUCCAGGGAGAAUUGUUAGAAAAAAUAGUGAACUCGGUUCUAUGCUCAAAUCCCUGCAAUUAAAAAGUACUGUUGUUCUCGUAACUCUGUACUCAAUAGAAGAGAGAUUUGCAAGAAACUUGAUUUGCCAUCUUGACAAGGCAGGCAUGAAGAAUACUAUUUUCCUUGGUGACAAUUCAGAGUUUCUGGAUGACCUUGCUCAUAGAGGAUAUCCUGUCAUUGAUGGCGUCAAUUUUCUUCAGAGUAUCAGAUUGAGUAGUUUGCAGGGCUCUGACGGUUUUGUUCAGGAAACAUUGGUUAUAUCUUAUGUGAUAAAAGCUUGCCUGGACCUGGGAUAUAAUCUAUGGCUACUAAAUGGAAAUAUGAUUUCACUUGGCAAUAAGUUGAUCGAGCCAUCAGAUCAGUCUGUUGACUUCUUUACUGCAGAUGAAGGGUUGAUGUUUAUAAGGAGCUCGCUAGACAUGAAAAACAAAUGGAAUGAACUUGCCAUGUCGAGAGUGAAAGCGAUGUGUACAUCUAGUGAUCUGUCUGUUUCCAUCAAACAGAAGAGUUUUGUCCAUAUGCUAACUGAAGUGAUGGCGAGCAGUGCUGGUGUUAGGCUGGGAAAGCUGGAUGAGGCUAUGAGAGUUAUUGAGUUAGGGCCUAACACCUCAAACAGAUCAAUAUUAGAAGACAAAAGUAAUGUGCUUUUCUGGUCUCGCAGUAGGGCUUCAGAUUCAGUUCAAAAGCAACUUGAAAAUAUGGAUUUAUGGUUGGUUGACUCAGAUUCGUCUUGUAGUUCUGUUGUUUGUCACCAAAAGCAGAAGUAGCCAGGUUGUUUUGGCACAUCACUUUUGCUUCACUGAGAACAAAAAUGGUGCCAUCAUAGGGGAUCCAUGGUAACCAGCUAAGUGGCACUAAUAUAUUUUCCAAAAAUCAUAUAAUGACAUGUCUUUAGAUGCAUGAGGGGAAUCAGCCAUAUUGUUUGAUAUUUGUAGAUUAUGCGAUGAAGCUGUUCGAUCAAAUGUCUGUUUCUGAAUUAUGAUUACAGUUAGCUAUGCCACCACAGAUAACCAUCUUGGAGUUCUGCUCUUGCCAUGAAUGAAUUUUGUGCUGAACACGGCUAUAGUUUUGAGGUUCUGAAUACUUGGAUCCUUUUUUGGUAUUGUGAGGGCUAACGAAGUCUUCAGUUAGGUAACCUGCUAAUUCAACUCACAGGAGCAGUUUUGGAUAUUAUAUCCUGCUACGUACCAUAUUGAUAGCAAUGCCCCAACUACAAUCCAAUCCCUGCAGACACUCAAAUCAUGGGAGGCUGAAAGCGGCAUGUUUCCUUUUUGUUCAAUGUACAAAGUACUCACUGGUCUGUACUCUCAUUCUGCACCAACGCAAUGUUGUCUGUGUUGAAAGCUGUUUAAUCAUGAACAUGUGGCACGACAAAAUCUGCCAGAUAUGCGUAUAGCUAACUAGAAUGUGCGGUGUUCGUUUCCGUCUGUGACUUCAGUUUUCCUACGUUACUUUAUUUUCCCUCAGAAAAAUGUGAAUUUUAACAUCAUGUUCUUCGUUUGGUGGCAACCGGAUCGCGGCAGCACCUCCCGGCGCCCCCUGUCGGACAGAUGUAGAAAGCGUGUAUCUGAAGAAAAUCCGGCAGGCAGAUGCGGUUGGUGCGUGCAUUUUCACUGGCAGAAGCAACGUCCGCAGGAAACCCAGCUGGAAAGUGGUUCGGCGAUUUUGACAGAUCGAUCAGAGAACCCGGAGAUGAUUGUGCAGCAGCAACUAGAAAGUAGCAAGUGUGUGCUGCCGAAGUUGCCAGAAGCGAUUUCCCAACCAGAGUUGGCGCUCAAUGUUUUCUUAGCAGCGCCGAUUUCCUCCCCACCUGAACAAGGUGUGCUUGCGGCAUCAUCUGUCGCUGUAUCCAACUUGGAACACAAGCAAGCAUGUACUAUAUUAUAUAUACUAAGCUGCGACAGAAUGGUCCGCCGGAAAA